GCCUCUGAGCCGCGGAGGAUUGUGGGAAGAGGUUGUCUCCAAUUUCUCCUCCCCUCCCCCCCCUCCCGGCCAAGAUGUCUGACAUGGAGGAUGAUUUCAUGUGCGAUGAUGAGGAAGACUACGACCUGGAAUACUCUGAAGAUAGUAACUCUGAGCCAAAUGUGGAUUUGGAAAAUCAGUACUAUAAUUCCAAAGCGUUAAAAGAAGAUGAUCCAAAAGCAGCAUUAAGCAGCUUUCAAAAGGUUUUGGAACUUGAAGGUGAAAAAGGAGAAUGGGGAUUUAAAGCACUGAAACAAAUGAUUAAGAUUAACUUCAAGUUGACAAACUUUCCAGAAAUGAUGAAUAGAUAUAAACAACUAUUGACCUAUAUUCGGAGUGCAGUCACAAGAAAUUAUUCUGAAAAAUCCAUUAAUUCUAUACUUGAUUAUAUCUCCACUUCUAAACAGAAUUCUGAUUUUUUAUGUCAGAUGGAUUUACUGCAGGAAUUCUAUGAAACAACACUGGAAGCUUUGAAAGAUGCUAAGAAUGAUAGACUGUGGUUUAAAACAAACACAAAGCUUGGAAAAUUAUAUUUAGAACGAGAGGAAUAUGGAAAACUUCAAAAGAUUUUACGCCAGUUACAUCAGUCAUGCCAGACUGAUGAUGGAGAAGAUGACCUGAAAAAAGGUACACAGUUAUUAGAAAUUUAUGCUUUGGAAAUUCAAAUGUACACAGCACAGAAAAAUAACAAAAAACUUAAAGCACUCUAUGAACAGUCCCUUCACAUCAAGUCUGCCAUCCCUCAUCCACUGAUCAUGGGAGUUAUCAGAGAAUGUGGUGGUAAAAUGCACUUGAGAGAAGGUGAAUUUGAAAAGGCACACACUGAUUUUUUCGAAGCCUUCAAGAAUUAUGAUGAAUCAGGAAGUCCCAGACGAACCACUUGCUUAAAAUAUUUGGUCUUAGCAAACAUGCUAAUGAAAUCGGGUAUAAAUCCAUUUGACUCACAGGAGGCCAAGCCGUACAAAAAUGAUCCAGAAAUUCUAGCAAUGACGAAUUUAGUAAGUGCCUAUCAGAAUAAUGACAUCACUGAAUUUGAAAAGAUUCUGAAAACAAAUCACAGCAACAUCAUGGAUGAUCCUUUCAUAAGAGAACACAUUGAAGAGCUUUUACGAAACAUCAGAACACAAGUGCUCAUAAAAUUAAUUAAGCCUUACACAAGAAUACAUAUUCCUUUUAUUUCUAAGGAGUUAAACAUAGAUGUAGCUGAUGUGGAAAGCUUGCUGGUGCAGUGCAUAUUGGAUAACACUAUUCAUGGCCGAAUUGAUCAAGUCAACCAACUCCUUGAACUGGAUCAUCAGAAGAGGGGUGGAGCACGAUAUACUGCACUAGAUAAAUGGACCAACCAACUAAAUUCUCUCAACCAGGCUGUAGUCAGUAAACUGGCUUAACAGAGAACAUGCUUUUACAGACAUACUUAAGGCAACAGUGCAGAGAUGUAAUCCUUAAAAGAACUGGGAAUGGCAAAACUACUGUCGGUUGAUGUGUCCUGAAAAUUAUUGGAGUUAUGGCAGAAGUGCUUUUUUGAUCAACUGGUUUGUGUUUUGCUGCUGCAUUUAUCCCAAGAAAAACAGCUUUAAUCUCCAGAAGAAAACCAAAAUACCAUGGGAUUUAUGCUGUAUUGACAUCUUGCCCUAAACAUACAACAUCAUAGUAAUUUGUCAUGGGCAACAUGACCAGAGAGAAGAUUUUUGUCAUGAUUUUAAAUACACUGACACGCUACUGUUGGUUAAAUUUAAACAUGUUUUACCUGCAGAAAUUCUCUCACAAAUAACCUGCAAUAACUUGAAAUGCAUACCCUUUUGAACACUUCCUUUUCUCAUGUAUAAAUGAAAAUGUUUGCUGCAUUUUGCAAAAUGUCAAUUCUCCAAAAAUGUGUCCGUAUAUUUCUGUACCUGCAGUGUAGUAAAGGUUUAGAUGAAACCCCAUAAUUAUAGUGGCAUACUGUCACUUAGGUUUCAAGCAGCAAAAUAAACAGUGCAGCUCAGAAAUUGUAGUUUGGUUCUUGAUGUGUUUUUAUUACAUUUGGGGUUGUUGUUUUAUUUUUUAGAGAUUUCAAAUUAUUUUAUCUUCAGUUAAUGAUUUAAAAACCUGGAGGCAAAUAAGUUGGUUAUUUGCUUUCAAGUUUUUAAAAGUGGUCUUAUUGGUAAAGUAAGGAGAACUACUUUCUAACAAAACACUUGCAUAGUAUUUACUUUGAUAGUGAUGCUUUAAAGGAAUACAAUUCUUUUUUCUUUUUUUUUAAGAAUGAUAUUCCUUUUUAAAAGAGUAAAUUUUAAUUCUCAGAAUGUCACUUUAAACAAAUAUGCCAGAACAUAGACAGCUAAAUGAAUGUUACCCUGCUUAGUGAUCAUGCUGGAAGGUUAUUUUCUAAUGCCAGCAAUCUACCAUUGCCCAAAACCUCAUGGGUGUGCUCUUUUAGAAUUGCAUUCAAAGUUAAUUUAAGUCAUACAUUGUUAACUUUAUGAUUAUACAUUGUUUAAAAAAAAAACAAAAAACAAAAAAAACAACUAUUUCCAAGCCUGAUUGUUUUUA